AUGGCUACUUCUCAGCAGUUUUCCUCUCUUAGCUGUAAACUAACCAUCAAACAAGCAAAACAAGUGGAAUUUAAGUCCACGGGUUCUCUCUUUGUUAGAUACUAUCUUUCUGCAGGAAACAACAAAAGAAUUCGGCUUAACAGUCGAGAAAUCUCCUCCAGGUCCGAUCUCUAUUGGAACGAGUCCUUCUCAUUGGAUUGCUUUGGUACUCACGACACCAUGGACAACCUAAAGGAAGAAAACGUGGUUUUCGAGCUCCGGUGGAGAAACAAAGUGCCUGUUCUUGGGAGGAAUAUUAUUGGGGGCUCAAAACUCUUGGGUAGGGCAGAGAUUCCAUGGAAAGAAGUCUAUGAGUCACCAAACAUGGAGAUGGAGAAGUGGGUCACGAUGAUUCCCACGAGUGGAUCACGUGUGCUUGUUGAAGGUGUCAAACCACCUAAGCUGCAAGUGGGAAUGAAAGUUCAAGUUCCUGCAAUGGUGGAAAAGGAGAGGAGGAGAUCAAAUUAUGGGAAGGGAAAGAAGUCAUGGGAUGAGUCAUGUGGAUGCAAAGAUGGUCAUGGGCAUGGCUGCAGUUGUGAAGAUUAUAAUAUUUUUGCACUAGCGGCUGCUUUGGAGGCAUUUUAA